GAAGGGGAAGGGCCCGGUUGGCAGCGGCGGCAGCCGCUAACGGAGCGCUGAGGAGCCCGGGGCUGGCCGGGGCUAACACACAGCACUACAACACAUGAAAUUUGAAAGAUGAUAUACGUGUGUAUUUCUACCAGCAUUACUUGACUCUGUGACCAACAUGUAAUUUUCUGCUCCAGAAGAAAAGAAAGAAGCAGCAGUUGUUAAGAAAUAAGCCAUGCCUGCUGCAGCUGAUGUAACUGUGGGGGACCUGCCUGUAAGACAUACAGGUCUAACUCCAGCUGGAAUUGAAGGAUUACAAGAAUCAUGAACUGCACAGAAUAUAAAAGCUCAACGAGCCAGGUAACAAACCAGUCAAGAAGAACCAGAGGACAGGUUUCUUCAUGUACAUGAUGAUCACAUCUUACUCAAGCAGCAUGCAAAUGAGCAAGAGGAGAAAACUAAAAGAAUGACCACCAAGUUAAUACAGCUUGUUAAUGAUAAAAAGUCUGAACAGGUUGGUGGCGGCCCCAAGUGGCUGGGUCGCCUGGAGCUGGAAGAAAGGAUUGUGCAAUGACAAGAAAAAGUUCAUAAGCUUGAGAAACAGAAUGAGAGCCCCCUUUCAGCUGACCAGCAGCUCCAGAUUCCAGGCCACAGACCUUGUCCAUCCAGCUGGGUUCAAUCUUUUAUUAGCAGUGGUCUCAGAAAAGUGAGCAAGGCUGCUGAUAUGCCACAGCACACAGGGAAAGGUACUUUUAAAGCCAGCACGAAGAUGAGCCUAAACGUUUGGGACAGUGUGGAAAUUAUCAAGGGUAAACAACUGGUUGAGAAAAGCAGUUCUCUUUCAGCAAUGGAAGGGAAAUUUCUCCGGUUUCAAGAGAUAUUUGGAAUUUGGUCAAGCCUAAAGAACUUAAAGACCAACCAUGGCUUAGCAAAAGGUGAUGAGCUGAAUGGAUAGCUUAAAAAGGGGCAGUUAAAGUAGUUCCAUCUUCAAAACAAAUUGCAGUCAGUAGCUAUUUCAAAGAGAGGGACAGAGGAAUUACAGGAAAGAAUAAACAAUCCAGAAAAAGAGAAUGAACUCUUGAACAAAAACUAUGAUAAGCUGUGUAAGGUAAUUUUUCACAUGCCAUAUGAACAGCAAUGGAAAUCAAAGGAACAGCAAAUGAAACUGCAAAUUGCUGAACUAGAGAUGGCUAUCAAAUCUGAUUUAGCAGACAAAAAUGCAAUCCUUGACAAGAUCAAAGUAGAAAGAGGUACCCAUCGACCUAAGAGGGACCUACCGUGGGUUCAGUGA